AUGGGGUGCCACGGAGCGAUCGCGUCGGGCGCGAUCGCGGCCCAUCCGGCGAACAUCACGACGAGGAGAGUGUCCGGAACGAGGUCCGGCGGGAGGGCCGCGGCGUUCGCAUCGCCUCCCGGCUUCCUCGCGGUCGGGGCUGAGAAACAUGCCGACGUGGCUUGGCGCGCCGACGCGGCCAGGUUCCCGCGCGCCGCCCCCGUCGCCGCGGAGAGGAGCGGGAACGUCGGGACGAUGCGGGCGAUGAAAGGGGGGCUCGCGGCGGCCAUCGCCGCCGCCGCUCUCUCCCUCAACCCCGCGCUCGCGCUGGCCGAGGACGCGCCAGUGGCCUCAUCGCCCCUCGAGCAGCAAGCCGCUCCGUCGCCGGCGCCGGCGGAUGCGCUCGCGGCGGAGACGGUCGUCGCGCCCGAGCCCGGCGCGGCGGCGACCUCGAAGGAGCCGCCGUCGGUCCCGUCGGGCACGUACCCGCUGGCAUCCUCGGCGCCCUUACCGUCGGAGCUCAAGAAGAUGGAGAAGGACGCCGCGAAGGAAGGGUCCGGCAAGGACGGUUCCAAGGAGGCGGGCAAGGAGAAGGACGGCAAGAAGCAGAGCAAGGCGGCGAGGCUCGAGGAGCUCAAUCAGCUGCGGCUGGAGCUCGACCUGAAAGAGAUUGAGGUGCGAGAGAAGACCCAGGAGCUGGUGAAGCAGGAGCAGACGUCGGCAAUCAUCCAGGAGGAACUCGAGUUGGCGAGGAAGCUCAACGCGAUCCUGCAGCAAGAGCUCGACAGGGUGAAGGAGGAGACCAAGCUGGCGUCGGGCCUGUGCGCGCAGGUUGGCGGGUUCUGA